AUGUAUAAUAAGAAAGGAAAUUACAUCGACAAAACAUCAAAUAUACCUUAUUCUCCUAUUUUUUCUUCAUCAUCUACUGAUAAGAUUACAACACAUAAUACAAAGACGUUUGAUGAUCCUAACGUACCUAGCCAUCCAAAACUUAAAAUACAUUGGAGGGAACAAAUAACUGAUCGUACCUUUGAUGCUUUAGAUUAUUCAUUAUGUUAUAACACCAAAUUUGGUACAAUAUUUCGUUAUAUUAUUAUACUUUGGGGACUAACCUUUUUAAAAGUGUUAAUGAUCUUGUCGGACAUUUAUACAUGUAUUAGAUUGUUAGCGUUUAAUAACGAUAACACUCAAAAUAUUGUCCAACCAUAUAUUCCAUUUAGAAUCACAAAAUGGUUGUUUAGUGGAUGUAUAUUAUUUUCCUUAGCACUACUGAUAAUUGAAAUUUUGUAUGGAAUCAAGAUCUAUAGAACGAAAAAUAUUUCAUUAACAUAUUUGGAUAAUUUUUCAAGAAUAUUGAACUCAAUGUUAAGUUAUUCUAAAUUUUGUAUAUAUGAUAAAAUCACACCCAUAAAUAAAUUUCAAAAAAUUGCAUUUUUCACGUUUAUAGAAUUAAAAGAUUGUUAUAGAGUAUUAUUCAGUGACUCUCCAAGACAAAUCAUCAACGGACUCACUUUGUGGAGUGUUUUAAUCACAGUUAAUAACAAGAAUUUAGGGCAAUUGGAAAAUUUCAAUGGAUUGAUUACUAAAAUCAAAAUUAUUGCACAAACAAAUCAUACAGAAGCUGUUAUUCUAUCGUUUAUGCUGUUUUCGUUUAUUAUUUGGUUGAUUUUUUUCUUUAAAUUUGUUGUUGCACUAUUUUGUUUUAUGUACUGUUAUGUUAAGUUACCAACCAUGGGGAAAGAAUAUAAUGAAUCGCGUGGAGUUGGAUUAAGAAAAUAUGUUACUUUACAAGUUAAUGAGAAUAUAGAUAUACUAUUAGCCAAAUAUAGCAGAAGGAAUGUGAAUAGCCAAAUUUUUGAGAAUACAUCUGACUUAAGCUCUUACACCUUACCAGAAAUACCAGUUAUAAGAAAUAGGUAUGGUUAUACUAAUACUACUACUAAUAUUAAUAAUAAUCACAAAGAUGGUAAUACGGUCAAGAGUACGCCAGAUAAGGAUGAAGUCCAUGAGGAAUCUUAUGAUUUAGAAGACCAAACACAAAAUAGUACAUUUAAUCUCGGAAACAGUACCACUGGUUAUUACCAUGGGAAUGCUGAAAAAAAUUACGAAAUUGAUGCUGACGAUUAUGAUGAAGAAUUUAACGCAGCAACAAGUAAUCAUAACGCUGGGACAAAGAUAAACUCUGUAAUUCUGGAUUAUUCUAAAAAUAUGCAAAGUAAUGGAAGCUUCAAUGAGAAAAGAGGUAAACUUAAAAAGGAGGCCAAGAAAGAUAUUAUGAAUAAUAAUGGGAACAUGGAUUAUUAUCAAUAUGUUCUGUACGAUAAUGCAAAAAUUAGUGCUAACAAUAACAACAACAACAACAACAACAACAACAACAACAACAGAAUAAAUUUAUUGAAACAAAAUGAUUAUGAUAAUAGUAAUGACAAUAACACUGUACAUGAUUCACGAUUCUAUAAUAAAGAAGUUCAAAUAAUAAAUAAAUAUACAGAAAAUACACCCACUAGUGAAUAUCAUAGUAAGGGAAUUAAUAUUGGGAAUAAAAGAGGAGAAUAUGAGAAUAGAAGAAUACCAAAGCCUAUGGCAUUACAAAAUGAUUAUUCCAUGCUUGAUACAACUACCACAAAGACAACAAACAAGAUUGUUUCUAAAAGUAGUGAUUCUGAUUCUGAUGGUGCUGGAUAUAAAGAAGAUGAAAAUGUAGAUGAUAGGUCUCCUCUAGUUUCAUCGUCUGGCAAUACUUUUUAA